CAAAUCUAAAUGAGCGACGCGACGCCCCCGCUGCCCCCCGCGAGUCGGCGGGCGAGCACCAGCUCCGUGAGCUCCGCGGCCGCGGCGCAAUGGUCGCACGUGGGCCACCACCGCACCAGCAUCCCCCCGGAGGCCACAUUCGACGCGCAGGACGCGCAGAUCAAGCAGGAGCUGCUGGCGCUCAUCACGCAGUACCUGCAGCAGGAGGGCUUCGCCAUGUCCAGCGCCACGAUCCAGGACGAGGCCAACGUCAAGCGCCACGGACGCCUGCAGGAGCGCGACGCGCUUCGUCGCCUGGGCGCCGCCAUCAUGGACGGGGACUGGGACCUGGUGGCCAAGCUGCUGGGCAAACACCUCAAGAAGUUCCACGCCGCGCACCAGGGCUUCCUGUACGCCGUGUGCAAGCAGGAGUACCUGGAGCUCAUUGACCGACAGGAAUAUCAGAAGGCCUUCACCUUCCUCACCACGCACCUCAAGCCGCUGGAGAAGGUGGCGGUGGCCACGAGCUCCAGUCGUCACGAGUUCAAGGAGCUGUGCUACCUGCUCACGUGCAAAGCCGUCGGGGAGUCCGACGCCUUCCGUGACUGGGAGGGCGUCGUGAGGUCCAGAGAGAAACUCGUGGAGCAGCUCCGAGCCACUUUCGCUCUGGAGGAGGUGAUCUCGCCUCAGCAGGACGGAGGAGACGCGGCCAUGGCGACGCCCCCCGUGGCCAUGCCGGACAACCGACUCGUGCAGUUGCUGCACCAGAGUGUGGCCUACCAGAUGGAGUUCAGUCGGUACCACCCCAAGACGAUCCCCAAGGUCACGACGCUGCUGAGAGACUUUGAGUGCGAAGUUCUGCCUAAUGCCGUCAAGAGCACAUACGUCGGACACUCGCAGAAUGUAAAAUUCGUCACCUUUGUGGGCACCGACGGCGAACUGCUGGCUUCAGGGUCCAGUGACGCUACAAUUAAGCUUUGGCCUACCGAGCUGCCGGCGACACAGCAGGAAAGUGGUGAAGAGGAGACGGACGAGUCCACGGGCGCGGUUUGCCGCCAGUGGACAAGGGACUUGCUCGGCCACUCGUCCAGAAUUUGGUAUCUUGCAGCAAGUUCGUCAGGUGAACGUCUUUAUUCAGGCUCGGGCGAUGGUACUGUGAAGGUUUGGGACUUGCGUGCAGCUUUGGAGGAACGCGCAGCGGCUCAACAGGCUCAGAGUGAUGACGACGACCUUCUAAAUGGCCAGCGUGGGGCCAAUGUGAUGCAGUCUGCGGUCGAAGCCGCUGCCGCAGCUACAUCAGGUGCCACUGCAGCGAUUGCUGCCGCCACUCACAACUACUCGGUGACGUCUGCAGAGUGUUUGGCUACGCUUAUGAGUCCAAACGGCGGUGACGUGUACACUGUGAACCUGCACCCGAGUGAGACGCACUUGGUGACUGGAGGCUACGACCAGAGCGUUCGUUUAUGGGACAUUGCCACUGGUGCGGUGGCGAAGACGUUCCGCGGCCACUUCGCUUCCGUGUGCGAUGUCCAGUUUAACCGACACGCCAACUUCAUCGUUAGCGGGUCAAAGGACGGCUCCAUCCGGUUGUGGGACAUCCUCAGUGGACUGUGUGUUCACACAUUGCGCCAAACGCUUGGAGAGGUCACGUCCAUUUCGAUGGCAUCUAAUGGCUACACGCUGCUGAGUGGUUCGCGGAACAACAGUAAUCGUCUGUGGGACCUGCGGAUGCUUCAUACUCCACGUACUCACUUGUCGACGGGGCUAAGCAGCGGUGCAUCAAGCAGUGGGUCCAACGGGUCGCUCAGUAGUUACGUCGGAGGCAACGCAGUAUUCUCCAAUGGCGUCGGCUCGGGUUAUUCUUCAGCCAACGGCGUUGGAAUUUCGGGUGGAGCUGGCUACGGUGGCAGCAGCAGCAACCUGAGUGCAAUCGGAAGCAGCGGUGGCAGUAGCAGUACCUUUUCGGGUAGCCGACACGCAGAGCAACGGCCGCUACAGCGCUUCAAGGGUCACCAAAACACCGCCAAAAACAUCGUGCGGGCAUCGUUUGGUCCGAGGGAAAGCUUCGUGUUGGGCGGCUCCGAAGACGGCUAUGUGCACUUCUUGCUUCGAGCUCUCACGAUGGCACAGUGA